CCCUCCUUCCCUCCUUCCUUCCUUCCUUCCCUCCUUCCUUCCCUCCCUCCCCCAUCUCCUUGGCACAUUGGGAAGGCCAGAGGUGACACACAGAGGCCACAUCUGUCCUGGGCAAGUGUGUGGCCAUGGCAGGGCAGGGUGCUGCUCUGUGUCAGGAUGUGAUGCAGGAGAUGGGGUUGCCCAUCCUGCCAUUGAAAGAGGAGCUGGGAUGAGGCCAUGUCCCCUCACUGGUGACGGUGCCACAGGCCAAGGCAAGGGUGGAGCUUGGAGAUGGAUGGAUGGACGGACGGACGGACUCAUGGAGGUUAGUCCAUCUUCCCCAAAGGCCAGCACCUCCCCACCUGGCCCCCCAGACAGGCAGCCUGAUGCCCCCCAGCCAGGGCGAGCAGCAGUUUGUGGCCAGCGCCUGUGUGGUUGCAACACCCCCAGGGUGGGGGGGCCAUGGUGACUCACCCCAUCCUGGCCACCAGUAGGAACCCUGACUCAGGGCUGCAUGCCCAUGCCGUUCUGUGCCCCUCCCUGCCCGCCUCGCCCACCUUAUCUCCCGCCCUUAGCACCUGGCACACCUGGGCCAGGGGGGACUGGCGCCAUUCCCCUCCUUUAUGGGGAACAAAGGGCAGGGGAAGGGUUGGCAGCAGGUGCCACAGCCCUCCUCCUUCCCUCCUGUCCUCCCUCCCUCUCAUGGAUGCUGUCCAGGGCUGUGCCCUGUUUUUUGACCCCCCACUGGGGCAGCCUGGAGUGUUGUGGCAGUGUGGUGGGCAAUGCUGCCCACAACCCUGUACUGGCUGUGUGCUGCUGCACUCCAGGCACUGGGUGAUCCGUGGCACCACAGUUGGCUCCUGCCCAGCACAGGGUCGACAGUGGUGGGACAGUGAGAUACCAUGGGGGGCACACUGGUGAUGCCCCUCUGCCCUUCUCUACUGCCUGCCCAGGGGUCUUGCACAACCCAGCUCCUUUCGUCAGCACUGCUGGGGCUGGGCCCGAGCCCUUUGCUGUCCGGCUGCUUUGCGGUGGGGCUCUUCCCCUUUCUGCCUGGCCUUCUGCAGACAGCCCUAGCUCUGGAGCCUGCUGGGCCGUGCCAGGGUGCCACAGUGCAGGUGCCCCUGACCAGUCUGGCGUGGGUUGCCUGGGCGGGUGCCGGUGCUGGUGGUGGGGUGUGGGGUGAGCUCUCCGGGCUGCUAAUUGCUGUUUAGCUGGGGACACAGAGGGUGUAAUUACGGGGGGAUUGCGUGAAUGUGCAGCCUGGCCGGGGAGCCCAUGAGUGCCCCUGCCCAGGGAGUGGAGGGGAUCAGGCAGCAUAGUGCAGCUGGGCCGUCACUGCUUCCCACAUUCCCCACGGGAUCUUGGGAACCUGCUCCAAGGGGAGAGCAGGACAGGAAUCCAUAGGACGGGGGGUUGGCUCCAGGGCUGGCCGGGCAGGCUGCAGCAUGCUGCACCCAGCCCUGCCCUGCUGCCGCCGAGCACAGGCGCCCUCGCAGCCCGGCUGGGCUGGCCAUGGCCAGUGGCGAGCACCCAGCGCCCUGCCUUGGGGCAGACAACAAGGUCAGGACGAUGGCCAGCCCAGAGGACGACCUCAUCGGCAUCCCCUUCCCCGAGCACAGCAGCGAGCUGCUGAGCUGCCUGAACGAACAAAGGCAGCUGGGGCUUCUCUGCGACGUCACCAUCAAGACGCAGGGGCUGGAGUACCGCACCCACCGUGCCGUCCUGGCUGCCUCCAGCCGCUAUUUCAAGAAGCUCUUCGCGGGGCCGGGGCCGGGGCAGGAGGUCUGUGAGCUGGACUUUGUGGGGCCGGAGGCACUGGGUGCGCUACUGGAGUUCGCUUACACGGCCACGCUGACCAUCAGCAGCGCCAACAUGGGCGAGGUGCUGCGCGCUGCCCGGCUGCUGGAGAUCCCCUGUGUCAUCGCUGCCUGCGUGGAGAUCCUGCAGGGCAGCGGGCUGGAGGCACCUGGCCCCGAUGACGGCGACUGCGAACGCGCCCGCCGCUACCUGGAGGCUUUCUCCACCCUCCCCGAGGGUGAGGUGCCUGCCCCGCCGCCCCCCCGCCCCACCCCGCGCCGCAGCAAGAAGACCCGCAAGUUCCUGCAAGCCCGCGGUGCCCAGCUCAACAACCACUCCGAGGAGCCACCCGCUGAGGCUGAGGGCUCCGGCAGCCCCCCGCCACCCUCCCAGCUGCCCUCACCCCCUCUGCCCGAGGGGCUGUCCCUGCCCUACGACAGCUUUGAGCUUCCUGAGGAGGAGGAGCUGCCCCCACACCCCUUCCCCUUCCCCUACCAGCCCCCCUUGUCCCCUGAGGAGGCAGCUUCUGACGACGACGCCAUCGACCCCGACCUGAUGGCGUAUCUGAGCUCGCUGCACCAUGAGUCGCUGGCGCCUGGGCUGGAUAGCCCCGACAAGCUGGUGCGCAAGCGCCGCUCACAGAUGCCCCAAGAGUGCCCCGUCUGCCACAAGGUCAUCCACGGCGCCGGCAAGCUGCCUCGCCACAUGCGCACGCACACGGGCGAGAAGCCCUUUGCCUGCCAGGUCUGCGGGGUCCGAUUCACACGGAACGACAAACUGAAGAUCCACAUGCGGAAGCACACAGGCGAGCGGCCCUACUCCUGCCAGCACUGCAGCGCCCGCUUCCUGCACAGCUAUGACCUGAAGAACCACAUGCACCUGCACACAGGCGCCCGGCCCUACGAGUGCUACCUCUGCCACAAGGCCUUCGCCAAGGACGACCACCUCCAGCGGCACCUGAAGGGCCAGAACUGCCUGGAGGUGCGGACGCGCCGCCGCCGCCGCGAUGAGCCGCCCCCGCCGCCCGCGGGGCCCCCGGGCCUCGACCUCUCCAACGGGCGGCUGGAGGGGCUGCGCCUCUCCAUUGCCCGCUACUGGGCCCCAGGGCAGCCUGAGGAGGAGGAAGAGGAGCAGGAAGGCGAAGAAGGGCCACAGCCAGAUGGCACCGUGCCGGUGGAGAUGGCGUAGGGCCAAUGUGACGGCAGGUGUUGUGCCGUUCCAUGCUGAGCUGUGCUGUGCCCACUGGGGUUUCUGUUCCUUUUUUUCCCGUCACGGUUCAUUCCUAGUUAUGCAAAGGGGGAAACUCCCCUCGGCCGAUUUGCACAAGGGGGUGGGGGGCCCCUAUCACCCCCCCACUGUGCCCGGGCCCACCUGGUCAUGCCCAGGUGGGUGAUGGGGGGAUCGGGACUUGGAUGUCCCCCCACCAAAUCCCUCGUGGAUGCCAGGACUGGGCAGGGGCACCCAUGGACCAAGGCCCCCCCCCCCAGGUGGGGAGAGCCCCCCCCCUCAUCCUCUCCAGUGGUGGAGGGGCACUGCCCUACGCUGUGCAUAGCUUGUCCCCACCUCCCCACUCUGAGCAGCCCCUCCCCCCCGGCGAGCCCCCCUCGCCCCUGCACUCCCGGCUGCUUUCUCUUGGUUGCACUAUUCGGGUGAGCCCACCCGGGUGCGGGGCAGCCCCGGCCCCCCCCGGACCCUUUCCCCUUCCAAAAUCCCCCGGCCCUGUGGGACCCCCCCUUCCCUGGGGUGGCCAGGCCCCCACGGUCACCCCUCUGUCCUUUGCACAUGCCCCCCGCAGGGCGCAGCCUCCCCGGGGGUGGAGGGGACCGGCACUAUUUGUCUACAAAUAAGAGUUUUAUCUAUAUUUAAAAAGAUUAUGUAAUAUAUUCCCCCCCACAGCCCCUCUGCUGCCAAGCACCAGCGCUGCCCGGCCUCCAUGUCUGCCAUGGGGUGCCGGCAGGGAUGAUGGGGCCGGGGGGGCUCUGCUCCCGUCAUGGCUUUAAAGUGCCUUAUGGUGAACUUGAACCUUUUCGGCUACUUGAACCUCUCUGGUGUCAGGAACCAAACAAACCAUGGGCGGGCGGCCCCCGCCCCGCCGGGCCGCCUCUGCCUGUCUGUAUGUCUGUGUUUGUUUUUUUUUUUUAAACGAAGGCUGCUUGGUAAUAAACGGAGAAGCAGGGA